GACUGCCCACCCCAGCACCUCAACCAUGGAUCUCUCUGGAGCAGGUCUGCUCUGGAGCCUGGGAGUGUGUCUGAGCCUUCUGGAGACGGCGGCUCUCAGCGUGACCAUGAGGGACACCAGUCUGGAGGCUGUCCGGGGGGACUCCGUGGUCCUGCCCUGCUCUUUCUUCACCUCCAGUCCUCUCUUCAGACUCAACGUCAUCUGGACUGUGGCCCCUUUGAGCAGCCCGGAGACCCCCAUGCAGGUGAUCGUGUACGACCACGGAGAGGUGAUCGAGGACUCCUCCCUCACGGGCCGGGUGGCCUUCACAGGAAUCCCCUGGAGCGCAGACAUCGUCCUGAAUGACACCCGAGUGUCUGACGCUGGUGUCUACCGCUGCAUGGUCAACAACCCCCCGGAAACUGCCGAUCCAGGGAUCGGAGAGCUGGAGCUCAGCGUGCUGGCUCCACCCUCCCUGCCUGUGUGCCACUGGGAUGGAGAUAUUGAUGAGGGUGGAAGCGUCACACUGUCCUGCUCGGUGGCUGAGGGCGUCCCCACGCCAGAGAUCCACUGGGACAAGCUCAACCCAGAAGAGAUCUCGCUCCCCAUCAACAUGGAAGAUGACUCAUCCGGUUCUGUCCAAAUAUCCAAUGUUUCGUCUCAAACGUCGGGUUUGUACCGCUGCUCUGCCACAAACCUGCUGGGAACAGAGAACUGCUACAUGAACCUGUCCAUUUUCAAAGCUCCCGACAGUUCCUCUGGGAUCCUGCAGGCGGUGCUGGUGACCCUCACAAUGAGCGCGCUGCUCCUGGCGCUGCUGGUUCUGGUUCUGUGGCUCCACCGAACCGGGCAGACGGGCCGACGGAGGGAGGUGAAAGAAGAGGAUGAGAGUUAUAACGAGAUCAACUACUCUCCGUCUUUGAUGAAACGCUCGUUCGUUUGAAGGAAUGUGCAGCGGUUUCCGUGCAAACAUGGAUUUUGAAGUGAACACUUUCCUCUCCGCUGUGCUUUAUACAGGACACGAUGGUUGGCGUCAAACUUCUUAGCUCAGGCGUCACUGAGUUAACGUUGACUGUGACGUAAGAAUGUACGGAGCCCUGGAAGUGACAUGCAUGUGUUUAUUUUUUUUUGGAUGUGACAUGCAGGACUUUAUUUAUUUUUGCCAGAGAUAGCAGUUGUCUCGAGAUAAUUUGUAUCUCGAAAUAAGUUUUAUCUCGAGAUAUUAAAUAAAGUCCUGCAUGUCGCUUUGAGGGACGCGUAAUACGUGUAGCUUAGCCACGUAUGGUAUUAUUUUGAGUAGAAAGCACUUGAUCGGAGUGUUAAAAGCGCACAGACUUGCAGACAGUGACUGACAACGUUGACUUACAGUUACGAAGCCAUGGGAGACAUAGUGGUUCCAGGAGGACGUAGACAAAAUGCUUUGCCAGAGAGGCAGCUACGCAUGCGCUGACGUUUACGAUUGUAGCUUGAGAUAAACAUGAUCUCGAGAUACGCGUUAUCACGAGAUAAACAUUUUCUCGGGCAAAAAAAGUCAUGCAUGCCACAUCAACAAAAAAAAUAAACACAUGCAUGUCACUUCCAGGGCUCCGUAAAAAUGCAUGAGAUGUACGAAACUUUUUUUUCCAUUUCCAGAUUUGUGACACCAAUUGAGUUUUUUGUCGUUAACAGCGAAAGAAAUGAUGGACCGUAUGUUUUCAAAUUGUCUUCUGCUUCUGUACCUCUAGGUGACAGUGUUGUGUAAUCUGUGAGGUAUCCAACCGCAUGUUGGUUCAAACACGCUUCAUUCCAUCGAUUCAUUUCAUUGUUCUUAUUUUCAUCAUCAAGUGUUUUUUUUUACUUUUGUCUUUAGUCUUCGAACGACUAUAGUACGCCAGGUUUUUCUUAAAUAUGGGGCUUAGAUGCGACGCAAUAUUGUACCUCGCUUAGCUGUAAAUUUUGUGUUAAAGUUGACAAUGACGUCAUGGGAGACGUCAAAUGCAGUAACCAUGGCUGAACGCUAGAUGGCGGUGCAGUAUAACAACAGGCGACGUUUCUGUUGCGUUUGCACUCGACAUACAUCGAAGCAGCGUGUGAUAUACACCGUGCGGGAUACGGUUUUACAAAUUAGUUCCGCAGUUGACCUUUAAAACAAAAUGCGUCAUUUAAAAUUAGGAAACUGCAUGUAUUAUACAUAAAAUAAAUGGGGUGAAACGUAUUGUUA